CUCCUCACCUCAUCCUCUCUUUCUCUCGCCCCCUUCUUUCUCUCUCUAAGGAUUAUUCUUUCAACACAAAUUGCUCCAAGACUUGAAUUCAAGAAAACCCUUUACAUUUGCAAGAAACAGUUAUACCCAUGGCAAUAGAGAUUGUACAACCAAGUGUUGGAUUAUCAAAGAUAGCAGUCUCAGAAACCCAUGGAGAAGACUCUCCAUACUUUGCAGGUUGGAAAGCUUAUGAUGAAAACCCUUAUGAUGAAGUACAUAACCCCACCGGUGUCAUUCAGAUGGGACUAGCGGAAAAUCAAGUGUCUUUUGAUUUGCUUGAAGAAUAUUUGGAAGCAAAUCUUGAAGCAUCAAAUUGGGGCCAGAAGGUUUCUGGCUUUAGAGAGAAUGCUUUGUUUCAAGAUUAUCAUGGGCUUCAAUCUUUUAGAAAGGCAAUGGCAAGUUUCAUGGAACAAGUGAGGGGAGGAAAAGCAAAAUUCAACCCUGAUCGAGUUGUCUUGACUGCUGGCGCUACUGCUGCCAAUGAGCUUUUAACCUUCAUUUUGGCUGAUCCUGGCGACGCAUUGCUCGUUCCAACCCCUUACUAUCCAGGAUUUGAUAGAGAUUUGAGGUGGAGAACUGGUGUACAAAUUGUUCCAAUCCACUGUGAAAGUUCAAACAAUUUUCAGAUUACGCCUGAAGCUCUAGAAGCAGCAUAUGAUCAUGCAAGAUCAAUAAACAUAAAAGUCUUAGAAGAGAUCCUAGACUUCGUGACACGAAAGAACAUCCACCUUGUUUCAGACGAAAUCUACUCAGGUUCAGCAUUCUACGCAGAUGAAUUCGUAAGCAUUGCAGAAGUGCUCGAAUCAAGAGACUACAAAGAUGCUGAAAGAUGUCAUAUUGUUUAUAGUCUUUCGAAAGACCUUGGUCUCCCCGGUUUCCGAGUAGGAACAGUGUAUUCUUACAACGAUCAAGUGGUGACAACCGCAAGGAGAAUGUCUAGUUUCACGUUAAUUUCUUCUCAAACACAGUUUUUAUUGGCUUCUAUGUUAUCAGACAAAGAGUUUACGCAGAAGUAUAUAAAGAUCAACCGUGAAAGAUUGAAGAAACGAUAUGAAAUGAUCAUCAACGGGCUAAGAAAGGCAGGUAUUGAAUGCUUAGAGGGGAAUGCAGGCCUCUUCUGUUGGAUGAACCUGAGUCCUUACUUGGAGGAUGCCACUAUCAAGAGCGAAAUAGCGAUCUGGAAGACCAUUAUGCAUGAAGUAAGGCUAAACAUAUCGCCUGGAUCAUCUUGUCAUUGUUCAGAACCAGGGUGGUUUCGAGUUUGUUUUGCAAACAUGAGUGAAGAAACACUUGACGUUGCACUAUCAAGAAUUCAUGAAUUCAUAGAGAGAAGGAAGCAAGAUAGGCAAGUGGUGUGCAUCCAGUGA